CCAAAUUAUGCAUUAACGAUGUCAGAUUAAGAGCAGGAAUGGCUUUCUUCUCUCAAAUGAUUCGUUUAAGUUCUAGUACUAAUCUCAUAACUCCACUUCAGUCUAACGCUUUAAGGAGACUUCGUUUUUUCUCAGAGAUCAGACACUUAGCUCCCUUAUCAUCGGAGCAGCUGAAAAAUUUGCGGGAAGAAUUUUAUUCUUGUCCGAAGAAUAUUCUCGCGCAAAAUGCUCUCUCCAGAGUUGAAGUUAACAACCUGUGCAUCUCACGGAGGAAGCAGCAAGAAUUGGUGCAUGUAUUCAACCACAAGAUUGAAGGUGAAGGAAAACCGGUAACAAAUCAAAAAAGUACUGGACGGUGUUGGCUUUUUGCCUGUCUGAACACGAUCAGAGUGCCUGUUGUAAAACAAUUCAACAUAGAAGAAUUUGAGUUCAGCCAAUCGUAUCUCUUCUUCUGGGAUAAGGUGGAGAGAUGUCACAACUACCUGAAUACAAUUGUUGAAGUGGCAAAUCGUGGAGAGAAGAAGGAUGGCCGGCUCCUCUCAUUCUUAUUUUCGGAUCCCAUCGGAGAUGGAGGUCAGUGGGACAUGCUGGUUAAUUUAAUCACAAAACAUGGACUGAUGCCGAAGAAAGUAUUUCCAGAAUCUUAUAGCAGCGAAGCCAGUGCUCAGCUUAACGCCAUCCUCAAAAGCAAAUUGCGGGAAUACUCGUCUGAGCUGUACAACCUCGCGUCACAAGGUAAUCAUGAAGAAAUCCCGAAAAAAAUCGAGUCACAGAUGGCAGUUCUUUACCGUAUUAUUGGAAUUUGCCUGGGCAUCCCACCGGAGACAUUCACGUGGGAAUAUUACGACAAAAACAAGCAAUACCACUCCAUCGGACCAAUCACUCCUCUCCAAUUCUAUCAGGAGAAAAUCAAACCAAUUUUCAACAUGGAGGAUAAGAUUUGCAUAGUGAAUGAUCCGAGAGAAACGAGUGGCUAUGGCAAGGCACUAACUGUAGACUGUUUAAGCAAUAUGGUCGGUGGGCGUCCAGUGGUCUACAACAACCAACCCAUAGAAGUUCUUAUGAACGCUGCCGUACAGUCAAUCAAGAACAAUGAACCCGUCUGGUAUGGUUGCGAUGUUGGAAAGAAAUUCACCAGGAAGUUAGGCUUUGAAGAUCUAGACAUUAUCGACUACACGUCUGUCUUCAAUACUACUGUUAGCACUCCAAUGACAAAGGCCGAUAGAAUGACGUAUGGAGAGUCUGCCAUGACCCACGCUAUGGUCCUUACAGGAGUUCAUGUCAAUGAGCAAGGUGAACCAACAAAAUGGAGAGUGGAAAACUCUUGGGGUGACGAAUCAGGAGAUAAAGGAUACUUGCUUAUGACAACAGACUGGUUCAAAGAAUACGUGUAUGAACUGGUAGUGGAUAAGAAGUACCUGUCUCAAGAAGUUCUAGAUGUUAACAAGCAGAAACCCCAGGUCUUACCGGCCUGGGAUCCAAUGGGAACCCUGGCGCGAUGAAACAGAAACAACAUUGACUCUUAAAGGGAUGAACUUCAAGUAACACUAAUAACACCGAAUAUAUAAUGUAUAUAUUCAUGUAACAGAUGAACCUAUUUUGUAAAUUUUACUAUAGUUUUAGCUUUUUUUUAAAUUCAAUUACACACUACUUUUUAAAUUAGCAAAUAUUAAAUUCAGUUGACUUUAUUACAAAAUACCUCUUCUCUAGGGUUCAUUUUCCGUAGGAAGAGCUGGAUAGUGAAUAUACUUUUCCUUGCAUAUUGAAUUGAAUCAAUUAUUAAUUCCUUUUUUAAGAGUCUGUAUUUUAUCAAGUUUUUAUAAUUUUAUAAAGUGCGUUUACAGUGAUUUCUUGUUAGUUUAAUGUUUGAAUUAACUCAUUGCUGAGAUGUGGAGACAUCCUGGCUGAAAGCGCAUUUUUCUAAGUAGACUAUAUUUUUUGUUGUUGGAAGCGGAAGUAAUUCCGUAAACUACAGAGCUUUCCUGAUUUGGAUUUGCCAUAGAAUUCUGGUAAAAAGUGUCUCCAUAUCCGUGUCCAAUUCCUAUACAAACAGCUCUCUUUUUAUUUUCCAUGCUUAAAGGUGUUCAACAAAAUGAAUUGUCAAAUUUAAGCGGGUCUUUCACUUUUUUAUCCUAACAUAUUCGGAUGCAACUUUUUGAAAUGGAAUGAAAAAACGCCCGGUUGUACACAUCUUUCUUCGCAUUUAGAAAUUAAUUCCUUUUUAUAGGCAGUUUAUUUUUCAAUUUAACCAAAUCUCAAAUUUCUCAUUCAAUAUAUCUACUGUCAUUAUUAUGUAUGUACCGGUUGAGUCUAGAAAAUUGUAAAUUGUGGCAGUGCCCAAUAUUUCUGCUGUAGUAUUGUAUAUAUGUAUCUCAAAUGAUUUUUGUCGAGUGAUUUUGUUCAAUAGUACAAACCAGCUAGUCAAUAGCUUGUCUUGGUUUUAAGUAUCCUUGUGUAAUUACCUCAGAUGAUUGAAAAUGAUGAAUGAUACACGCAAUGGCUGAUGGAAACAAUUGAAACUUCUGUCAAAUCAUAGUACAUAGUAUUGGCACUCUGCUUCUCUAUUUUUGCUCCACAAUACAAGUGAGGGAUAAUCAUAUAAAUAAAAUAAUAAUAAUGAUGGAUCUGCAAUGACAUCUAAAGGAAAAUGUUUGCACUUUUCUGAAACGAAAAUUCAAUGAGAAAUUUGGUUUUGAAAUUAAUCAAAUAAGAAAAUUGUGUCAGUUUGUCGAAAACGGAAGCAUUUAGAGCACCAGCAGAUUCUGAGGUAAUGAAUGCAUUCGCCUCUCUUUGUUAAUGUAAUAAGUAAAGUGCGUUUCGACAAAUAAGAGUGUUUUUAUGCACUAUUUUGCAAGUGCAUGAGAGGGAGUGAUAUUCAAAUGUCCGUUUCGGCACCAGUCAGCUUUUAUAAUAGAGCUAACAAACCAUGAUGACAUGGGAUACUUAAGUGGAGACGCAGAAUGAAAUAAAAAGAGAUAAAGUUCAAGAUGAAAGUUUUACACUGUAUUAAAUAGAUGGAGCGAGUUGGUGAUGCACAAAUAUCCAAAACACAAUUAAUCGUAUUGUUGGCUCAGCGUUAGGAACAGCGCAUGCUUAUAUAGACUUGCUGACGUCGCGGGUGGCGAGACAGCAAGCCUUUGCGUGAUUGGCUGACUCUAACCUAUAUAGCUAUCAGCUGCAAGUCUAGUAAUUAAAAUUAAUGUAGAUGAACUGAAUGGUUUGGAAGAAUUGAAGACUUGAAACUGAAAAAGGGACCUAAGAAAUUAAUUUUAGAGGAAAAAUUGAAAAGUGUUUCCAGUUAAUAAUCUCUAAAAUUGUUAUUCCCAUCAACUAAGCAUUGUUCACCCCGGUUGUAAUACCUUCCAAGAUUUUGUUAAUAUUAUUUUUUUCCGCAUCAUCUUUGACUUAAUCAAAAAUUUUCUUUUUGAAAGUAAUUCUUGCAACUGUCACUUUGUAUGCAAAUCCUACCAUCCAUAGUAUAAACGCUGUAACUUCAUUUCAGAUUUUGCAUUCAUCCUUCUGGCAUAUUCCUCGUCUGUGCAAAAUCUUUGAUCAAAAUCAUGUUUCAUGUUUUUAAUGGUAUAUCACGAUCACCUUAAAAAUUUACAAGAUGAAUAUUUCUUGCUUUUCGUACGAUAGAACGUUUUGUUGGGAAGAAUUUAUAACAUUUGAAAGGAGUCAUGGCGUUUUUGCUGCAAACAGCAGAAUCACUGUCAUUUUUAUUAUUUCAUGUUUACCUAUUUCCUUUUUUUUCCCUUUCAUAAAGUCUGUAUCUUGUCUGUUUUAAAUAUAGUUAGUCCUUUAUCAA